AUGAGUCUUGGCCGAGUAGUCCGGGUUGAAAGAGGAUUUGCGAGUCCAAGUCCAGGCAACUUAUUAGGUGGCAUUCUGGAUGACUCUUUUAGCGGGCCGAAACGCAAGAGUCCUUUCAUUUAUAAGGAUCCAUGGCCGGAGAUAUCAUGGUGGAGCAGUUGGCCCAUUGUAUACGGAGUGACGGGCGAACUGGUCCGAGACUCUCCCAUCUGGACCAAUGCGGAUGAUUCGGAAGAGGAGAUCUGUGGUUCAAUGAGUAUCACCCGGGCCAGUAAAUCAGUCCUGGCAGAUCCAGUCCGCGAAGAGUUCAAUAUGACAACAGCCUACCCAGCAGAGCCGCGUUCUCCGGCCCGCAGCCCGCGGAAUCCGAUGCGGGUCAUCCACCAAGGGACUCAGAGAGGCCCACUGCUUCUCACGCCAUGCAAUCUACACACCGUUGUGCGCAACCGGCAAGGCUAA